AUGUUUUCAACCAUCCUUCCAGAAAGAUGUCAGGAUGAGGAAAUACCUAAUACUGGUGUGAAUGUAACAUUCCACCCUCCUCUAAAUUCAACUUAUGACAUAACAGAUGAAGAUUAUUGUGCUGAAGAAAAUCCAAGUGUAGAUAAAUUACGAGCAAGUCAGCUCAGUGCUACGGCCUUUUGUGACUUGGCCAUUUCUACCAAUGCAAGGCUAUCGAAGAAUAAAGCUCUAAACCUCAAGAAAUAUAAGCGGAAAAGUGGUGAAAUAUUUAAUCCAACACCUGUAUGGCCUCUAAUGUUCACAGUUGGAAUGAAGAAAGGGCAAACACCACUUGAAUAUUUCCAACAGUUUUUUGAUAACGAAGUGCUUCUAAUGAUGGUCACUUACACUAAUCAGUAUGCAGCCAAGAGAUAUAGACUAGGUGAUUGUUCAGAAGAUGAAAUGUUGGUGUUUGUUGCAAUACUUCUGUUAAGUGGAAAUGUAACAGUGUCACGCAGAAAGAUGUACUGGCAAUCAGAUAUAGACAGUCACAACGACCUCGUAACAAAUGUCAUGUCCAGAGGUGAAUUUGACUUUAUCUUUUCCAAUUUGCAUGUAUGCAACAAUGACAAUUUAGAUAAAUCAGACCAUUUUGGGAAAAUCAGCCCAUUACUGUGUGUGCUGAAUGAUAGAUUCAAACAAUUUGUGCCUCAUGUGCAGCAUCAUUCUAUCAAUGAAUUGAUGGUCCCAUACGUCGGAAGUCAUGGGGGCAAACAAUUCAUAAAAGGGGAAACCAAUCUGAUGUGGAUUCAAAUUUUGUCGACGAGGCAUAAGUGGUGGAUAUAUUAUUUGGCUCGAACCCUACCAAGGAGCUGGCACAUGUAG